AGUGUAGCUGGAAGGCUCAUAGGACUCUCGAGGGUGCAGGCUUUGAGCCUGCGAACUACAACUCCCGACGAUCAUCAUGAGGGCCAGGCGGUAGGAAAAGCCCCCAGGAGCUCGGUCCGGGGUUCCUGGCUCCCUAGUGACAGCAGCGACAGGAAGCAGGCAGGCAUUCCCCAACCCCCAGCGCUAGGCCUGUUCCUGGAGGGGUGCACUGGACACUUUCCCGCAUAACUCCCAUCUCUGACCCCAUGGCGAAGUCCCCAGGGAACUCUACCCUGGAGGACAGUCUGGGGCAAUACCAACGGAGUCUCCGGGGCUUUUGUUGCAGAACGUGCCAAUAGAAGCCUUCACCAACUGAAAUGUGCCCUGAGAGAAGCUGAUGUCAAUGUGGAAGAAGAUGCUCUGGAUCCUUCCCCCAGCGUCAACAUAGAAAAUGAGGACACCGGGGUGGCCUGGCACGAGCUGCAGCACAGCCAUGCUGUCAAUCAACUCAAAGCUUUGUUGCGCCAACAAGCAAGUAAGGACAAUGAGAUGUCUCCACCGCAAAGACGAAAGAUGUCCCCUGUGUGGCCAGAAUGUGAGGACAAUAGCAUGCCUACUGUGCACAACCUCGUUCCUAUCAUUAAUGACCAGUCUCAGUACAUUCAUCAUUUAGAAGCGGAAGUUAAAUUCUGCAAGGAUGAAUUAUCUGGAAUGAAAAAUAGGGUGCAAGUGGUUGUGCUCGAGAAUGAAAGGCUCCAGCAAGAACUGAAAUCUCAAAGGCAGGAGGAGACACUGAGGGAGCAAACACUCCUGGCCGCAUCUGGAAACAUUCAGGAUUCUUGGAUGAAGACAGGAGAAGAUUCUAGGGUGGAUGAAGCUGCAAACAGACCAUUUUCUCACGGUGAUGCUGAAACCGGCAAAGCCACAUCCACUGGCGAUGCUGAAAAGUGGAAGCUAGAGCUGGAGAGGCUGAAACUCACAUAUGAAGCGAAGAGUGAUCUUCUGGAGUCUCAGCUGAUGCUUCUGAGGAAAGACUUAGUUGAAUAUCAGAAAAACUGUGAGGACCUCAAGGAAAGAUUGAAGCAUAAAGAGUCUCUUCUGGCUGCUAGUGCGUCCAGCCGUGUGGGUGGCCUCUGUUUGAAAUGUGCUCAGCAUGAGGCUGUUCUUUCCCAGACCCAUAGCAACGUGCACAUCCAGACCAUUGAGACACUGACUAAAGAAAGGGAUGACUUAAUGUCUGCGCUAGUUUCUGUGCGGAGCAGCUUGGCCGAAGUGCAGCAGAGAGAGACAAGUGCCUAUAAACAGGUAAAGCAUGCUGUGCAGAUGACCGAAGAAGCCAACUUUGAAAAGACCAAGGCUUUGAUCCAGUGUGAGCAGCUGAAGAGUGAGCUGGAGAGGCAGACAGAAAGACUGGAAAAGGAACUUGCCUCUCAGCAAGAGAAACGGGCUCUGGAGAAGGAGAUGAUAAAGAAAGAAGUAGCCAAGGAGAGGGAGGAUGCAGAGUCGAAGAUGUUGAUCCUGUCUCAGAAUAUUGCCAAGCUGGAGGCCCAGGUAGAAACGAUUACAAGGGAGAAGAUUUCAGCUGUCAGUCAACUAGAGGAAAUUCAGAACCAGCUUGCUUCUCAGGAAGUGGAUGUCACAAAGGUGUGUGGAGAAAUGCGCUUUCAGUUGAAUAAAACGAAAAUGGAGAAGGAUGAAGCAGAAAAGGAGCACAGAGAAUACAAAGCAAAAUCUCAAAAGGAUCUUGAAAUUAAAGAUCAGGAAAUAGAGAAAUUGAGACUAGAACUGAGCGAGAGCAAGCAGCAUGUGGAACAGGAGCAGCAGAAGGCAGCUCAGGCCAGACAGGAGUGCCUGCAAGUAACAGAGCUGCUGGGCGAGUCUGAGCGCCAGCUGCGCCUCACCAGACUGGAAAAAGAUAGCAUUCAGCAAAGCUUUAGCAACGAAGCAAAGACCCGAGCCCGUCAGGCCCAGCAGAGAGAGCAGGAGCUGACACAGAAGAUACAGCAAAUGGAGGCCCAGCACGACAAAACUGAAAAUGAACAGUAUUCGUUGCUGACCUCCCAGAAUACAUUUCUGACAAAGUUAAAGGAAGAAUGCUGCACAUUAGCCAAGAAGCUGGAGAAAAUCUCACAAAAAAGCAGAUCGGAAAUAGUUCGCCUCAGUCAAGAAAAAAGAUACAUGUGUGACAAGUUGGAGAAGUUACAGAAGAGAAAUGAUGAACUGGAGGAACAGUGCAUCCAACACGGGAGGGUUCAUGAGACGAUGCAGGAAAGACUCAGGCAGCUGGAUAAGCAUGGCCAGGCCACAGCCCAGCAGCUGGUGCAGUUGCUCAACAAGCAGAAUCAGCUUCUCCUGGAGCGACAGAACCUGUCAGAGGAGGUGGACCGUCUGCGGGCCCAGAUAGGGAAACUGAGGCUCAAACAAGCAUAUUCAGCUAGCAAAUAGGGGCACAGCAAAUGGAAUCUAAGUCUGACUCCAGAGCCCAAGCUGUCCCCAUUCAGGUUAGAUAAUGGCGGAAGAGAGUCCAGGUGAGUUGGAUGGAUGGCACAAAACCACUGUUGUUCAACAGCUUCUCCUUACACCAGAGAGGGUUGUUUGUCUGUCUGUUGUUUUUGCCCCAUCAAGCAAUUUAAGACCAAGAGGUGGCUGCUGGACUUGUGGGUGGCUCCUGCCUUUAAUUGGGACUGCACCCAGGUACUCUGAGAGGGCUCUAAGGAACUUGGAGUGGGGAAGCAUUUAGAAGCGAAAGGAUGGAAGACCGUUCUCAUUCUCCAUUCACAAUGACCUGGAGCUGACGACCCUGACCUGCCUUGACUCAGCCUGCUCAGUCCCUCUAUAAAUUGCUUGGAGUUCACAGUUGUGAAGGAGCCAAGUUGGACACCAGGCAGAGGGCUUUGGCAAUGAGCAGAAAUGUGGACUGGAGGGCUAGAGGGUUAUAGGCUGGCAGGAGCUCACCCACCAUACACUGACAACUGUCUAGAAUGUGUGUAGACACAGAGAGAGGGGAGGACGAGACAUUCUGGUGAUCCCUGACACUCCUGGGCAUGUCUGGAAGCAGGACCCAUGGGCCUCCAUUUACAAGCUGUUGGGAUAAAUGGAAAGAAAGCCGUAAAGGACAUCUUAGUUUGGUGCUAGAGCCAGGAACAGCUCCAUUGGAAGACCUUGAGCAGGUCACCCAGGGCUCUCAGAGCUUUUGUCCUCAUGGGCACCAUGGGAACCAGGGGAGCUGGGCAACGAGGGCAGUGGCAUACUCAUUGGGACCUCGGGGACUUAGCAGGCUGAAGUAUCCCAUACUUGAGGUCACCCUCUCUCCUUCCGGAGAAGGUCCUAGAGAGCCAGCAGUGACAGGACCAUUUGAUGUGCCCAGUGCUGAGUCCCAUCUCUCAGCCAAGGAGCCCGAUUCUGGUCAUACCCCAGGUCUGUGGGCAGAUCUGAGGGAGAUCUGGCUAAUGCAAGUCCACCAAAGUCAACAAAGCCACCUUUAGUGACUGGGCCUCCGUCCCCUGUGCUGGAGGACUGGGAUCCAUGGUGAAGGAGCCUGCCCCUCUGUGGACUUUGAGCCUCCUCUCACAAGGGGUGCCUUUCUUUCUCACCUGCCUCAACAUGGAACAGAGAUGUUUAGAAGCCAUUUCCUGGGCCUUAAAAGCCUGAGAAUUGCCAGAUUCAUUGCAGGAUUUGCACAGAAUGCAUUUAGAAGAAAAUGUUCCAGGAAAAAGCCUUUCUUCCCUUGCCAGUGACAACAGAAAUGACUUGUCUGCCCCUUGCUCUCCGAUACUGGUCUAUCUGGAGCAUUUCUGAAGGGGCUUCUUAUAUUGAAAUUCUAUCUUGGGAGUUAUUUUUAAGAUGACCAAGAUGCAAGAAAUUUGGCAGCGGUAAUGUUGGCUCUCAGUAGCAAAUGCUGGCAACAGUUGAGAGGCCAGUCUGGUUCUACAAGCUCUGUGCUCAGUCUCUAAACGCAGAGUCUACUCUCUUGGCACAAAUGUUGCACUGGUCCCUGUGUGCUGGCACUUGGUGGCCUCUGUGAGGCAUUUUUGUCUUGAAAUAAACAUGAAUUAUAAACUGAGUUUUUAAAGGAACCCUUGAAUUAAGAAGGCCAAAGUUUGACUGACUUUGUAACUGGUAGGGGAGUGGUUCCUGGGGACUCUGGAGGGAACAGCUGUGCCUUAACCUGUUCUCAUCUGGACUGUGGGGCAUCUGAGGCGUACAGCACCUGUGCGUGCAGUGUGGUGAUGGUGAGGGUGAAGGCUUCCAUUUUCUCAGCCUGGAUGAAUUAAGCAUAAUAGCUUAAUUUUGCAUGUCCAACUCUGAAAAUCUGUCUGCUCAGUACCCAAAAGAGAAUGAGCAUUUUCUGACCAGACAGCUGCUUGGGAGCUUAGUCACGUCCCCCAGAUUGGCUCUACGUCCUAAGUCCUGGCCUAUGCAGAGGAAGAAGGGUGGGCUCUAACAGGAAAUGCCUUGUUUCUAAGCCUUGAUUAUUCUAAAUGGCUUCUGUUUAGAUUUUGAGUCACACACAGCCUCAUGCCCAUGGAGGAAACCAGUCCUGGUUGUGAGCAUGUGCCAAUGCCACUUGCGGCUGGAGAGCUUAUGUGGCUGCUGUGUGGCAGCAAAGUCACUGUCCAGAGUGCAGGAUGUCCCUCCAGCUGGUCUGUAGUGCUCCUAACGCAGGAAUGGCUGAAGAUGGUGGCCCUCUUAACUUCCUGACUCACACUGAAAGGAACUUUUAGAAAAGGGCCUCUAGAAGGCCAUCACAUGACUGCCUGUGCGGGCAUGGCCAUACUCGCUUACUCUUACCAUGGCAGUAGCCCGAGCCCUCUCACAGCCUGGCUGUGGUGUGAGCGCUGGACCAGCCACCAUUCUCUCUCCUUGGCAGACCUGCCUGGCUGGGGAGGCCAAAAUGCCGUAGUAGUAGUGUGGAGAUGGCUUACAGGUGAGGGUGACGGGUCCCAGGGGUACCAGACAAGGCUUGACAGCUUGGAGCGGGGUCAUGGGUCAGCAGGCCGAGCCCAGAGACUCUAGCAUCUGGCCAGGAAGGGUGGAGGCAGCUGGUGAGGAAAUCCGAGUCUGUUCUUGGGUCUGGGAGAGGGAAGACAACACAAAUGGUCUGUCUACUUAGAGGGCUGUUCCCCCCAUCAAGAUGAGUUGGGGAGUUACUGGGUAGUGACUCUGGUUUCAGCUGCCUGGCAUCCACCAAUAGCUGUCACCCUGCGCAGGCUGCCUGUUGAGUCCUCAGCAUUCAGGCUGGGGAGGGAUUCCCUGAGUCCCUUCUUAGGAAUCACUCACAGUUUAGAAAACAGUCUGAAGCUGCGUGUCAGGGGCUCAUCUCUUGGCCCUAUGACUUUUAAGCAUUCUUGGCAGCAAAUGCACUUUCUAAUUUGAUUUAAAGUUGUGCAGGGAUCCAGCAGCCAUAUGUGAUUAUAUUCAAGAUCUUCGACAUUAUCUCAUUCCAUCAGAGGACUCGGUGAAUAGAGUUGAAAACAAGCAGGAGGGAGAUGCUGGGGAGGAGAGGCCUGCUUGUAACCAGCAGACACAGGAUGGAGAUGCUGGGGAGGAGAGGCCUGCUUGUAACCAGCAGACACAGGAUGGAGAUGCUGGGGAGGAGAGGCCUGCUUGUAACCAGCAGACACAGGAUGGAGAUGCUGGGGAGGAGAGGCCUGCUUGUAACCAGCAGACACAGGAGGGAAGCUAGGGAUGGGCAGCUCAAGUGACGGUCUCCCAGACACACUGGCUACUAGGGAGCUGAUAGCCAAAGUGGGGACCUAGAGGUGGUCACUCUUAAUUUGUCCUUCCUAGAGCCCAGGGGCCUUGCCGUGCACUUCAGGGCCCACACACAGUUAACUACCUGCAAGACAGAUGGUGUCUUAUGACUAGAACAGAAAAUACACUAAAUAAAAUAAAUUACAAAGCCUCCUCUGAAACCAGAAUUUUUUGGAAAGAGUUCUAAAUAGAUGAAAACAAACAAUUUGAUUUCAACCAAAUUGUUGUUUUUUUGUUUUUAUCCUGAUUUUCACCCGAAUUGUCAGUCUCAAAAAUAAACACUGAUACAUUCCCAGAAAAUAUUUUUCAAAUAAAAACUGACUCUGUUAAAGUUUGCCCUGAUUCUUUCAAAACUGUGUACAAGACACUGUCAACCAAAGUGACUUGCAUAUUUUUUUAAAUCAACUUGAACAUAUGCAGCUAAAAUGUCAUUAACUCCCUGCUGCUGGGUGUUUUUAGAGAAUGACAUAAGACCCCAGGCUGCACUUCUAACAUAAGGGUCUGCAAACCUCACAGAGACUUCCCCAAGCAUCUGAAACAGCAUGCACUUAGCUAGUUGUUCAUCUAGGUGCCGUGUGUGUCCUUAGUACUGAAAAGUACACCAGACUCCAUCUAAGGCAGGCCUGUUCGAACAUCUCCCUUUGUCCAAAAAUGCAUACUUCCAGAAUAGGAAUCGUGGAUGGAAAAUGUUGAAUUUUAUAUUGCUUCUGAUGCAUUUGCUCCUCUUAUUGCUUUCUGAGUUAGACAUUACAUUUUGCAAUAUAAAUUCACAAUCGAGUUUUUAAAGGGAGCUAAAUAUUUUAAUCCAAUUAGACAAGUGAACAAAACACUGAAUAUUACAUGCUGUGGAGAUAAGUAGUUCUUGCCUUUAAAAGACUGUAAUCCCGUCACAUUGCAACCCCAAAUGUCAAUGUUGUCUUCAUUUUUAACGCUUCCAAACAUGAGGCAACCAGAGGCUCCACUCCCUGCUGUUGGUGACACUGUCUGUCCUUUGGGAAUUCUUAAAAUUUAUUUCCCAUGGAAAUACGAUUCACAUAAAACAGACACCUGCCCCCGUGCAGAGCAAGUGCUUAGGAACCAGCAGACACUUGACCCUGAAGAGCUCUGGUGAUAAAUGGCUCUCUUAGAAGACACCCUGCACCCCUCCUACAAGAGUGCAGGCAUCCCUGGCCUGCACAUAGCUGCCUCCAUCACGUGGGAGCUCGACCUUGUCUGCAGAGGUGCAUCCUCGUCACCCUCUGCUUUGUCCUUGCUCUGGCUUCUGCAGAGGGGGCAGAGCCAGUCCAUUAGUGGAAGGGAGGCACAGCUGUCUUCAGAAGCCCACACAGGUGGCCAGCAAGGAGUCACUGCUGGUCUAUGGUGACUUGUGACUUCCUGCCUUGGUGGUUCCUGGCAGAGGCUCUAGCCUGUGAUGGGGAGACUGCUCUAGGAUCUGGGGGCACUGCUAAAAUGUGAGCUUGGUAGAUAUUACUGCUUGCUAAGCGAGGUGGCCUUCACUGCCAUAACCCACUGAUGUCACACAGCACACAGAGUACCGUUUGUUCUGCCUGGGUUGAUCCAUUCUGGAUUGCCACCCAAAUUGUGCUUUUAAUGCUGCUGUGCCAGCCUCUCAGUUCUUCAUGCAUCCAAAGCAGGCCUGGAGAAUCAUGGUAGGAACUGUCCUUGGAGACCACAUGCCUAGUUUCAGAUCUCAGCUCGGCACCUCAAGUACAGGGUAGGUCCCAUUUGGAGCCCAGUCCAGGUACUACUAAAGUUCACAUAGUUAACUGUCAACAUCACAACAGGAUCAUGGGGCCACUACAGAGAAUUCAUUUCAUAUCCUCCCAGGCAGAUGGAGGAUUAUAGCCCAAGGAACAUGUAAUGUGAUAGGAAAUCAGAGUCCAUGAGUAUCCCAUAGCAUCAUAACGGAAGGCAAGCCACAGAGAGGAGCCUGGGGCCUGGGUACUUCUGUCCUCUUAGUACAAGCUUGAAGGACCACUGAGAAAAUGGUCAUCCUUUUAAAAUUUCAUGCCCACUGCCAGAGGCACACAGACAAAGAGUGUCUGGGGACAUGGCCACAUAGGAUAAUGAGCACAGAGAGAGCCAGAAAGAAUGAGGGGCUAUAGGAUUCUGGAAUCAAAAGGCAGAGAGGCCUGUGGGCCAGUCUGUCUCAAGAGAAAGGAAAGGGAAGAAGUGGAAAUGGCAGCCUGGAUCUGUCCCAACAGCAGGAAGGGCUGGGGACCCUAAAGCUUGGUCAACUGGGCAACGGUUUGGGUCACUCCGUGCAACUCUCUUCUUAAACUCCAAGUCUAAAGUAAACGUGAGAAAUAAAUUAGGCACAAAACCCAAGGCUGUGGUAGGAGUUAAAAGUGACAAGAAGCAUGUGUCAGGAGCAUCGGGCUACAGCCAGACAAACCAAAGGGCUGUCUCUUCUCCCAGGGCAUUCACAGAUCCAGGAGGGCCACCCCAGGGGUCAUGGUAACAGGGGAGGUGGCAGGAGGGGAGAUGGCUGUCCCACGCUCAUUCCCUAGACACACAUCUUCUCUUCUGGACUGAGACCACCAAGGUUGUGGUGUUGAGGACAGAAGUACACAUCAGUACCAGCCCUGACAAGUGAGUGACAGCAGAUACGUGAGAGUGAUGGUGACUCACGUUUCUGUCUCUGGGUAACUGCACAGUUGAGGCAGCACUGAGAGAUGUCACUCCAGGAGGCAGUGCAGCGCUUAAAGAUGGGCCGUGGCCGUAAGGAUGCAGGGUGUCUACCCACACUAGAGCCUGACACUGAGGAGAGGGACAGCCCCUUGGCUCCAGGAGCAGGGGACUUCCUGGGUUCCUGUCCUGCCUCAGAAGAGCAGGUCAAGAAUCAACAGGGAGCCAGUGAUGAUGUAUCGCUAGAUGACCUUGGAGCCACAGGCACUCAAAAGACAGCAAUGCAUUUCCUGGAGCUGGGUUAAUAAAGAUCCUGCCGCAAGCUCCACUCUGCCACAGGAGUCCCUGCCACUGUCUGCACUCAAGUAGGGAUUUUGUGCCCAAGUGUGUUCACUUCUGUCUUCUGAAAUGUGCCUAUCAUGGUAUGUGCUGAUUCUUGUUCAAUCACCCACUUUCUUGGGUUAGAAGACCAGUGUCUAGGGACCCAGGAUACCAGGCAGCCUGUCCUGGCAUCCCAGCAAGUCACUCUCAGAACCAGUAUCUGCUUGCUCAGUGAGGGCUGGUGUCAGCUCUACUGGAGUCCCUCUGUCUGCUGAUUACGGUUGGUGGCAGGCUUUGAAGACUGACAGAUGUUCCAAGACCCCCUCUGGAAGAGUCUGAGAACAGAGCUCCCGUGAGUUCCGACAGGCUCCUCGUCUUUAACCUUAUGCUGUCCUGCACUGACCUUGUCUUUUGCCACAGCCCCACCUGCAUUCCUGGUGUGGAAACCAUUCUGCUUACUUAAUUAAAAUUCACUACCAUACUACUCAUACAUGGUAACAUGUACUUGACCUUUUCCAGGGAAGGAGGAAGGAGGAGAGGGGGGGAGGGAGAGAGAGAAGGAGGAAGGAAAAAAGAAAGGACGGACAGACGGAAGGAAGGAAGGAGAGAACACAGAAAAGAGUAUUUCCAGUAUGUCUCACUUGGGCUUCCAACUCAGAAGUCCCCAACACAUAAUCACGGCUUCCACCAGGCAGAGUCCUCCCUUGGAUUCUAGCUCUAGUUACUGAAGCUGGGCGGGCCCUGGCCUGUGCUCCAUCCUCUUGGCCCAGUGGAAAGACACUGCAGCUCCAGGACCACACAGACAGCCCUCCUCAGCCUCCCACAGCACUGGAGCCGGUCAUCUUCCACUGAAGGCACUGCAGAACUAGGGAGACAUCUGACAGACCUAUGUGUGGCAGGAACUUGUGUGCAAAGUCAGUGUAGUCAUCGGGGAAUGGGGUUCAGCAUUUUCCCAACCCUUGUCUCCCCCCAUACCAGUAAGUGCAAAAUCUUAGAAAUGAACCUCAGUAUCAUGGGUCCCACCUUCCAGCAUGUGGGUGGAGUGUCAGUAUGUCAAACUGCAUCUAGAUAUGUUCCAAGAAGCUGCAGGGAACAGAGGCUCCUCUGGGUUAUCCAUACAGACACUGGCUGACGUCCUCAUUCUUCCCCUAUCUUAAAGCCCACUGUAAUGUCAGAUCCAUUCCCUAACAAAUAGCUGGACACACUGUCAUCAUGUCAGCUGUCCUUAGGGACACACUGUCCUGGAGUACAGGCCUGGCUGCUUUCAGAAGGAAAGCAUUGGAGAUACAUAGCCUGACACUCAGACACAAAAAGGGCUUGCUUUGGUCUCCACUGGCAAGGGGUGAGGCAAACUUUCAAUACAGUUGGCUACAUGUGGUUUCCACAUUUUUAGCAACAGAAACCUUUUCUCCAAAACUUCAGUAAUAACAGCUGACCAAACUAGCAAAUGAGAAAACAAAUACCCAUGAUCUAUUUAAACUUACUUUUUAUUAUCAUUUUUUUCCAGUUACCCAGCAUGCCACAAUCUGAUUGCUGACCUGGAUGAAACAGAGUGAAAUAAAUGAUUUACAAAGAGAUAUUUACAUUCAUCUGAUUUGUACUUAACGUGCCACAGUGCACCGAAACCUCCCCAGGGAGACACCACCUGGGGCUGUAGGGGGGCUGGUCCUCAUGCCAUGGGUCUGUCCCUGUGCUACAGCCAGGGGGUGCUUCAGCAUGAACUGGCUUGGGCUAGCUGGAGUGUGUGCUCAAAACAGCAUCAAGUCACCGGUUUUUUGUUGUCUCUAUUCUAGAGUACGUACGGGAUUAAUAAAAUGACCUCUCAAGACUUGA